AUGACGCUCCUGGCGGACGGGGAGCUGUGCCAGGUGCCGGACGGGGCGGGGGGGAAGGGGCAGUACCUGGGCAGCGGGGAGUGGGCCGUGUUCGGGGCGGUGGAGCCCCCCAGGCGGACGCGGGGGCGUCUGCUGAUGCACAGCACGGUGAUGUUCGGCCGGGAGUUCUGCUACGCGGUGGAGGCGGCCUUCGUCACGCCCGUGCUGCUGAGCGUGGGCCUGCCCCGCAGCCUGUACAGCCUGGUGUGGCUCCUCAGCCCCACGCUGGGCUUCGUCCUGCAGCCGGUCAUCGGCUCCUCCAGCGACCACUGCACCUCCCCCUGGGGCCGCCGCCGGCCCUACAUCCUGGCCCUGGGAGCCAUGAUGCUGGUGGGACUCGCGCUCUUCCUCAACGGAGACGCCAUGGUGUCCGCCAUAGUGACGGAGCGGAGCCGGAGGAGCACCUGGGCCAUCGUCGUGGUGAUGUGCGGGGUGGUUCUGUUCGACUUCGCGGCGGACUUCAUUGAUGGCCCGGUGAAGGCGUACCUCUUCGACGUCUGCUCACACCAGGACAAAGAGCGAGGCUUACACUACCACGCCCUCCUCACUGGUUUGGGGGGGGCCUGUGGAUACCUGGUGGGGGCGAUGGACUGGGGGCACUCUGCCCUCGGGGUGCUGCUGGGCUCUGAGUACCAGGUCAUCUUCUUCUUCUCUGCGCUGACCUGGGGCCUCUUCCUGUCGCUGCACCUGUUCAGCAUCCCAGAGACGGCCCUGGGGCAGGCAGCGGCCCCCGGCCCCCCCGACACCCUGCUCCUCCUGGGGAACCAGAGCAGCGGGUAUGGGGCGGUCCCCAAAGAGCCCCUCCCAGAACCAGAACUCCGGGCCCGGUCCUUCUCCGCUCUGGGGGAGGCCAACUCUGUCACCUCCAGCGCCAAGCAGCCCAACAAGGAGGUGCAGAAGAGAAUGACUCUGAAGUCCUUGGUGCUGGUGAUGAUCAACAUGCCCGGUCACUACCGCAGCCUGUGCGUGUGCCACCUGCUUGGCUGGACAGCCUUCCUGUGCAACAUGCUCUUCUUCACCGACUUCAUGGGCCAGAUUGUGUACAAGGGGAACCCGUACGCCGAGCACAACUCCACAGCCUACAGCACCUACGAGAGAGGGGUGGAGGUGGGCUGCUGGGGUCUGUGCAUCAACGCCGUGUCAUCUGCCCUUUAUUCCUAUGUGCAACGUCUCCUGCUCCCCUACAUUGGGCUCAAGGGGCUGUACUUUGUGGGGUACUUCGUGUUUGGUUUGGGCACCAGCCUGAUUGGCCUGUUCCCCAACAUCAUGGCCACGCUGACCCUCUGCAGUGUGUUUGGAGUGAUGUCCAGCACCCUGUACACCAUCCCCUUCAACCUCAUCUCUGAGUACCACAAGGAAGAGCAGGCGCAGAGGAAGAUGAGUGGAGAGGAAGAGGGCGGGCGGGGCACGGGGGUGGACUGCGCGGCCCUGACCUGCAUGGUGCAGCUGGCGCAGAUUGUGGUGGGGGCGGGGCUGGGGGCCCUGGUCAACAUGGUGGGCAGCGUCAUCGUGGUGGUCCUGUCCGCCUCUACAGUCUCGCUCUUCGGCUGCCUCUUCAUCGCCCUCUUCAUCAGACACGUGGACUGACCCCUGACCCACCGACCAAUAAACACACCCCACAACCGCCUCUGUAAACACUA